AUGGCUUCGGUGAAAUGGAGUCCUGUCUAUGAGACACAUAUCUCUGAGGACACAGUGAUCACCCUCCACCACCUCUGCGCUGCCUGCUCAACUUUUCAACGAGCGUCGACCCUCUUGCGGCGCUUGUCCCAUGGAGAACAGCUACGGCUCCACACCAAGGAGACUUUCAAGCUGUGCUCAGUAAAGGACCUGAGAGCUGGGUAUCUUGGCAGUUGCCAUCUCUGUGCCCUGCUAUGGACCCACGCUGGGGGUCACCGCUUCGACCCGGACAAGGGAAUAGUCAAAGAACUAGACAUCACUGUGUGUCUGGAAGCUAGGGACUUUGAAAUGGAGUACACUCUGGAGUAUCAGACCUCGGGUCUUCAGAAGUGGUGGAGCGAUCUGGUCCCACCUUUCAUAACGGAACUUGGAGUGGUCGUCUUGAAAAUAUCCAAGGUUUAUGCUGGCAAGAAUCGUUCUUCUGAUAUUGACGACAAGAUGUAUGAGUUAUACAUCUAUCCAUCUUCAAAUCGACGACUAAACUCGGCAACUUUUCGACACGGGAACGAGCCGAUAUCCUCCAAGAAUGACAUGAAAUUGGCUCAGAUUGAGUCAUGGUAUCUGGAAUGCUCAGAGAACCACCCAAAGUGCACCGCUUAUCCCAGCAUGGUCACGCAAGGCAGCCAGUUACCAUCCCGUCUUUUGGACCUCCAAGGAGACAAGAUCAAGCUAGAAUGCAACGUCGACAGUCUUCCUCAAUUGAAAUACACAACACUGAGCCACAUGUGGGGUCCUGAUCCCAACGCCUGUCUUCAGCUAACCCAGUCUCGGCUUCAUGAGUUCGAAUCUGAUAUCCCUUCGUCUCUUCUCCCGACAAAAUAUCUCGAGGCGAUCCGUAUUGCGAAGGCUCUCGGCUUUCGUUAUAUCUGGAUUGAUUCGCUCUGCAUUAUCCAAGACUCGGACGAGGAUUGGAAGAAAGAGGCUCUGAAGAUGGCUGCCGUAUAUGGUCGAACUUCUCUUAAUAUCUCAUAUGUGUAUCCACCAUCUGAUAGCCCAAGCCAGCAGCAUCUCCGAGACCCUAGGAUAAUAGUUCCAUGUGAACUACCCAUGAAACACCUUAAAUCAGGCAGCAAAAGCAGCUCUUCAAGUUCGACUCCUCUGGUUGUCCAGAGUGCUCCAGGUUUCGUCAACAAGUUCUGGUCUCCCACCACCUACAAGCAGAUCUGGCCUCUACUCAGCAGGGCUUGGGUGUUCCAAGAGCGCCUACUUUGCUCUCGAAAUAUCUAUUACGGGCAGGAUAGGCUGCUAUGGGAGUGCUGUGAAGGGCUCGAGGAUGAGUUCUCGGGUCGUCUGAUGGACUCUCCUCGCUCUAAAAGUCGAUUCCACUCUGUGUUUGCCGGUAUACAGGGCAGCUCGCAAGGCCGAGAGCACGACGAGAGUUUCAAGGGACAGUGGAGUCUUUUGGUUGAAGAGUAUCGACUGGCAGAUCUGACCUUUGAGAAGGAUCGUGUUAUCGCCUUUGCAGGUAUCGUCAAAGCUGUUCAAUCGCAGACCAGGUUUACGUACCUGGCAGGCAUCUGGAAAGAAUUCGCCGAGCUCGAUCUUCUAUGGGUGUUUCACCCCCCGUCUCCCCUGGGAGACUUUUUCACGAGAAGAGAUGAGAUGAGAAAGCACGCCCCGUCUUGGUCGUGGUUUUCAGUACCUCCACGUCUGCAAUCAGCAUCUACGAACAGUGACACAGUCGACUUUCGCAUUCGCACCGAGAUAUAUAACCGCUCAUUUCAUACCAUCUAUAAGGCCCAGAUCGUCUCAUUCUAUCACCCCAAGCUUGUCUCCAGCCCCGAGGCCCUGCUCCACGACUUGGAAAACAUGAGCAUCACACUCAAGACAAGGAAGAUACCGAGCAAUCUGACAUGGGAUGGGCCAUUUCUUCGGCUUCUACCACAUGGAAGACAUGCACUGGGCGGGGAAAAGUAUCUCGAGCCCAAGAAUGCCAUGAAAUAUGUCCACGAUGACGUGUCCCUGGUGCCUGGCUCUGCAGUCCCCAACGGGGCGUGCAUGAUUCUGACGGCGUUUGAAGCGUGGGUUUUGAAAGACAAGAUAGAUCAUCGAUACGACACCUAUGCUCCGUCUGGAGACGAGACGACUACUUCUUGGCAGUGUGCAGGGUUGGUCGUGGUCCCAGCAGGGAAGAGUGCAAGUGGUCAGGACUCGUGGGAACGCAUCGGGGUGUUUGUGUUUUCAGAUAUCGUGGAUGGACUAGGAGUACCUGAAAUUCCUUUUUCUAUGGAAGGGGGAGAAGAAGAGGUUUGCCUUGUUUAG